AAGAAGAACAUAAUCCUCUCUUGGGAGGGUAUGAAGAAGGAAUCAUCCGCCAUGUCCAUCUCCCUGCAAACAAUAUGAAAUGGGUUUAGGAUCUCAUUCGAAUAUAUUAUCAUAAGAAAGACAAGGAUGGAGACAAACAGUCUCGGCUGCUACGCUCAGAUUUCUGGCAUGGUCAGCAACACGGCAGGGGCGGCCCCAUUCAUGCGAGAUUCAUGAGGCAUCGAUGCGACAUCGUCCCUGAAGGUCUAAAUGAGCUCAGCGCAACCCACCGAGACUUCGUUAUUUCUAUGCCCUAUCUCCACUGGGAGACAGAUGAGGCAAGGGAAAAGAUGCUAAAUGUCAUUAAAGACAUCGAGUCGCCCGAAACAGCCGGGGCUCGCACCUCAACCGGGGUAGAAGUCAAGGACUUGCGGCUCAGCAAUUGGGGCAAGAAAUUGCUUCCUAAAGCGAUCAUUUACGGGACUGCGAAGAAGGCAGAUGCGGAUGAAAAGCUGCUUCGAAAACAUCUUCUAUCCGAGCGCCCAGUUCACAUCCGAAGGACGUUGGACCAGUCGUACUAUUGGACCCUGAAAGAUACGUCGACCAGAGAUCGAGACCAGGUUGUCUAUCGUGCCACCAAGGAUCAAAAUCCAAGAAUAAUCAUGGUUGAUCAACUGUGGCUAUGGAUAUUGGAUGGCAAACUUGUGAUCACGAGCUUCCCAAGACGCUGGGGAAGAAAGAAGCAGGACCCUUCCGGCUUGUAUAGAACGAUACGAGAGCAGCUUGCUUCUGAUCGACCAGAUCUAAAUAACGUAUACGAUAUGGCAACAAUGAUGAUGGACCAAUGCUCGCGAGUUUUUUUCGACCGCGCAGUCUCACGAGACAACAGGCCCGAAGUGAUGGAUAUAUUCUCCACCGCGAUUGGAGACGUUACAGACCGGUCCACAAAAGCUUACAAUGAGUUCUGGGAACUGAUCAUGCCAGACUCACAUCGCUACCGUGAGAUGCUAAACAGGGAUCCCAAGGAAAUAUGGCCAUACCUCACCGACGCCGCACGCCGCAAGCUCGACAAAAUGAAAAACGAGGAUGCGCUUCUUGAACAACUUCUAGAUAUCAACCCGGAAGGCGAGUUGUUGAGAGAAAUCAAGGACAUCCAGGAUGAGUUGCACAUGAUGACCAAAGUAUACUCUCAGCAACAGUCCGUCGUGAAAGAAUUUGUUGCUCACCUCGAUCAACUGAGCAGUAAAAGUACGGAAGUAACACAGAAAACUAAGGACAAAGUCAGCCAUCUAGCAAAGGAGGUAGUGAGGCGCAAAGCAGAGAUCAAUGAGCUGACUAAAGCGGCGGAAAGGACUGCUGAAGGUUUGAAAGAACUGCUUGACCUCAAGCAGAAGCACGCCAAUGUUGAGGAAGCUCGAGCCGGCGUCCUCGAAGCAAGACAAGCUGUCAUCCGCGCCGAGGAAGCAAAUAACAUCCUCCUUGCCACACGGGACUUGGCGCAGCAAUCCGCGCUACAGACUAUUCAAGGAAACAAACAAAAUCGAGCACUGAUGCUCUUUACUAUUGUGACUAUCAUUUUUCUGCCACUGGGGUUUUUCUCUUCGGUCUUCGGAAUGAAUGCCCCUGAAUUCGGUCAGGGCACUUUCCACCUCUGGAAGCAGUUUCUGAUCAUGUUCCCUGUAUCCAUUGUCAUCAUUGUCUUUUCUCUUGCCCUUGCGCUGAGCGAAGAUUUCUUGGGGUUUUGUGGAGCGACGUUGCAGUUGUGGUGGGCUAAGUUCUUGCAAAGGGUGGGUUUGUUUGAGAGAUGGAAGAAGAAGGGGGAUAGUGUUAGGAGGGCGGUUGCUGUGCGCAAGGAAAGGUUAGAUGAAUUGUACGAGGGGGAGAACCGGGUGGGAGAAAGUGUAUGAUUUUGCAAGUCCAGAAUAUUUCAGCAACCCCCUCG